CACUCCAAGUGUCUUUUAAAAGUUCUGAUUUGAAGAAUUAUGCUCCCUCAAGCUCAUUUUGAGGUGCGGCGCAGUGAAGCGCGAUGAGUUAUAACUCAUCAACUCAGAGAGCGGGGGCAGCAACCCAAAAGCGCAACUCAACACAGUGUUACCCAGGCCUAGUUCAAAUUACACUAUUUGAGUCGCGAACAGUUCAGCUCGACGAAUUUCGACGAGCGCAUUUUUUUGACAACAUUUUGGCAACAAAGUCAACUGAACAGUGUUAGUCCACUGAAAAUGUUCUCCCAUUACAAAAAUUCGUAUUUACAAGCAAACUGCAAAUCGUAUAACCCCGGCGUGUUGAAUCGCACAGUGCAAAGAGCUUGGGAUGAGAUUAUUUACAUCGAUGAACAUGACCUCUCGCCACCGUUUAAUCGACUCACUUCAGAACAGCCGCAUAUUCCAGUGGAAAAUGUGGACGCUACCAGAAGAGCUGAAGGAUUUGGAAGAUCUGCAAUGCCCAAGCUGAGAAGGGAGUUGCACCAUAAGGACCUGGAAGUUGUUCUGGCCUCUCUUACAACGAUUACCGAUCUAGUUCACGAUCCGGAACGAUGCUACGAAGCAAUCAGACUGAAAAUAGUGGACAGGUUGGUGGACUUGGUAAGCCAUGAUGCUCCAGCGGUAAGAGAGCGGGCAGUUCUCACCUUGAAAGUAAUGGCAGGAGUUGCAAUGGGCAAAGAGGUCAUUGUGAAUAACGAGGGACUGUUGAGGAACCUGCUGGGGACCGUGGAAGAUUCCUAUUUUGAAGUGAGACUCCAAGGGGCGGCUUGUCUGGAAAUGGUGGCUCGGUAUUGGAAAAGUAAGUUUCAAAUACUCUGA